CCGACGCCACGGUGGUUGCCAAGGCGACUUGCGUAAGAUAGACUUGCAGUACGGCAAGGGAUAGGAUUCAUUCAGCGUUCCCACUGGAUAGGGAUGAGGACUGGGAGGGUUUAGAAGCUUUCACAGCCUGGUGCACCUGACACCUCUCUCUUCCAGCAGGUCCCCUUGUUUCCAACAUCUUACCUCCCCCCAUCUCGCCCCCGCGCCUUCCUUCAGCAACUUAAUCCCGGAAAUCAUUUUCUGGGCUGGAACUAGGCCAAACUCCUCUCCUGGGCGUUUACAGCUCAGAGGGGUCCAACCCACUAGUGGCCCUGAGUGUUCAUUGGUCCCUACAGGUGUCAAUCAUCACAACGGCCUCAGGGAGAGGUAGGGAUGGAGAAGGCGGAGGAGGCGGGAUGGUCCGGGCGAAGUAUCGUCGGUAGCCACUGGCCUCAGGCUCCUCUAGCGCGGGGAGGGCUGGGAAGGCAGUGGGCGGAGUGAAGCAGCCUUCAGGGGGGAGUCGUGAGGAAGAGGUAGGGGUGGGGAGGGCCGCAGCCUUGCGCCUUUGUGGGGAUUGGAUCGGCCUGCCGAGGCGGGCCUUAGCCCUCCCACUCGCUCGCAGUCCUUCCUUCCCGAAGCUGGCUCCCCGCAGUCUUCGACUUCGAUUGGCUCUUCUGGCGCCGGCCCUGCAGUCACCUGCGCUUGCUCUCCCCACUGAGCUGUGAACUCAAACCUCCAUUUUACCCGCUUCCCGACUCCCUCCAAAUCUGCAGGCCUUUGCUUUCGUCCUUUCCCUCCCAGGCCUGCCCCCUCCUCUCCGCAAAACCCAGAACCCACCCCACGCACAGAACCACGCCCACCUCUACUGACCGACGGGCUGUGCACAUCUAUUGCACCGGGGUCAUGAGGCUUCCAGAACCGGAGGUAACCCACCGAACAUUUGGAUUAGUCUGGAGGAUGGAUGAAGUCUCCAUCUCUCUUCAUACCUACACAUCUCCUUAGAGAAACCGGGGAGGUACUUCAGUAGCUAGCCUAACUUCCCACUCCCUCCCCUCCUCCGUUGCAGUCCUCCGGCCACGACUUGUCCCUACCUGUGCAACUUAACUGACCCCAGAAUCUUCGAAAUGACCCGACCUCCUCCCCCACCGCGCCUCCUCCAGUGGAGGGUUAUUACCUGCCUGAUCUCCUGUCCCCUGAUCUCUCUGCCCUCACUGAUCGCAGAGCAGCAUUUGAAUGAACCUCUGUGGAAAGCUGCCAGUCGUGGGGUUGAGAGGGUGCUAGCCAGAAGUAAUUCUUAAAGAGGAUGUAUUUCAUUCUUUGGCCGCACUCCCAGCCCUGGCCUUGCUGAGUCUUGUCCUUUUCUUGACCAGUUGAAAUCAAUAAAAAUAAUGGCUUUUUAUGGCCGUAGUAUGCUUUUUGCUAUUGCUAAAACAAGAGGUCCUCACCUUUUUGUUCACCCUAGCUACCCUCGAUAUUCCCCAUCAGUUUCAUUUCUUCAACUGGCAGACUCCCAUUUAAAUCAAACCUAUGUGAAGAACUAUGGAAGCAAAAAAUUCUUGUAUUCUAUUCAAUCAAGCAGCAAACUACCUCAUUUACGAACUAAGGCAAUACGAAAACUACAUACAUCCACAUGUUGGCUUCAAGAUUUCCCAGAUAAACCUAAACAAACCAUGGAAAAAUCAGUAACAGCAAGCCCCCAAACCCCAAAAGAAACAGGGAUUAAGACUGAGGAGGUUAAGCGAUCUUUAAGACAAAAAAUUGUGGAUGAACUUAAACAUUAUUACAAUGGAUUUUACUUGCUUUGGAUCGACACCAAAGUUGCUGCCAGAAUCGUAUGGAGACUGUUACAUGGACAGGUGCUGACCAGACGAGAGAGACGAAGGCUGCUGAGAACUUGUGCUGAUCUCUUCCGCCUGGUUCCAUUUAUCGUGUUCAUAAUUGUGCCCUUCAUGGAAUUUCUAUUACCAGUAUUUCUGAAACUCUUUCCAGACAUGUUGCCAUCAACUUUUGAAAGUGAAUCCAAAAAGGAAGAAAAACAGAAAAAGAAAAUGGCAGCAAAGUUGGAAUUAGCAAAAUUUCUUCAAGAAACUAUUACAGAGAUGGCGAGGAGGAACAGAGCCAAGUUGGGAAAAGGCUCCAAAUUAGGAGAUGCUUCUACACAGUUUUCAUCUUAUGUAAAGCAGGUCCAGACAGGCCAUAUACCUAGCACAAAGGAGAUACUUCGGUUUUCCAAAUUAUUUGAGUAUGAUUUAACUUUGGAACAUUUAGACCGACCUCAACUGGUUGCCUUGUGCAAACUCCUAGAGGUUCAGGCCCUUGGAACCAACAACCUGCUCCGCUUUCAGCUUCUGAUGAAACUGAAAUCUAUUAAAGCAGAUGAUGAAGUAAUUGCCAAAGAAGGAGUAAAUGCCCUGAGUGUCUCAGAACUACAAAGUGCCUGUAGAGCCCGAGGGAUGAGAUCACUGGGGCUCACUGAGAAACAAUUGAGAGAACAGCUCACACAGUGGCAGGACCUCCAUCUGAAAGAGAAUGUCCCUCCUUCUCUGUUGUUGUUGUCCCGUACCUUCUAUCUGGUAGAUGUGAAGCCAAAGCCUAUAGAGAUUCCUCCAAACAUUGAGAUUGAAGAAUAUAAAAAACUGCCACCUAUUCCACCACAGCCACCUGUUUCUUUACCUGGAAAACCUAUUUCUUCUUCCAGAGUCAAAUCACAAACAUCAUCCCAAAGUAGCAAGUAGUGUAAAUGGAGUCUAAGGCCACUUGAAGAUGAUGCUGUUACCUAUUCAUUCACUCCACCUCCCUACCUCAGUAGGUAAAAGGAAUUCCAGGCGGGGCUGUCUAUAUCUUCUUCGGAAUAUAGCCAUUUUGACGUUCUAGCAGUUCUCCUUGAGGCCCUGAAACCUAGCUGGUGAACAGGUGAUGUUAGCAGUGAAUCUAAGUUUACAUUCUUCAGAAAGUCCAUUUUUUCUCUGCCACUAUUCACUCCCCUUGUAAAUUAACUCCACAAACUGUAAAUGUGUAAAGAUACCUGUUUAUUAUUGACUAAAUUGUGUAAUGUGUAGCUUUUGCAAUGGUCAUAUCUUUGGACAUCUGCAAUUUAUUCAAAACCCCUGAGAGGAAAAAUUUCUUGUAUUGUAUGGCUUCUGCUUUGGUCUGUAAGACCUUAGCCUCCUAUAGUAUCACAUCUUGGCUGGGGCUUUUGGAAACACAGCAACUAGUGAGCAGGACUUUAUCAGCCAGAUUGCUUUUUUCUCAGGCAAAUCUUUGAUUUUUGCUGUGGCUUGAUAGGCCCAUUUUAUGUCCUUUAAUUGAAAUGCUGAUGCUACUUACUCAUGGUAGUAAAGCCCUCAAAACCAAGUAAGUUUUAGACAGGAGAAAGGGGUGAUGCUCUGAUGGAGAGACGAGAAAACCUCUUAGAGGGAAGUGAGGAGUUAAAACGCAUUGGCAGCUAGCAGGGCUUGGCCCCUGAGAGGCUGUUCUAUCUGACCUCCUCUUUUGGGCCUGGAACGAGCUACAGGAUAGGCUGGGAAGGAGCUGCCACUAUGUUAGCACAUAUGGCUUUCAUUAGCCAUCAUUUUGCUAGGAAACAUAAUUAGGGUUUGUGGCUUAACUGUUUGUUUGGGUUGGGUGUUUUUUUUUUUCCCCUCCCUGAUCUAUUUAAGUCUUUCACAAAUCAGACUUUUUUUUGUUAGUCGUGGAAGAUGUUUAAGUGUAAUUGUCCUUUUCUGUGUUAUGCAAUAACAAAUAUUAUGUUCAGAUACUUAUUACUUAAAAACUUUUGACUUCCUUUGCUGGAAGAUCACUACAAAGAUGACCAAUAGCUUUCUUAGUUUUAGAGAGGCUAGGGAGGGAAUAUACGUUUAGAAAUCUGGGAGAUGAAAAAUGUUACCAAGCUUGCUGGUAACAUUUAGUUAUUUUUAUUUCCUGGAAAUUGAAAGCAGUUAGUUGGGUACCAUUUAAAAACCAAGUGAAACUUAAAUUUGGUUCUUCAGGCUGGCUGAAACUACUUAAAUGAGUAACUUACAUUAUUAUUUCAAAACUAGAAAUAAUUUGCACUUUAAACUGGUUCCUCUGACUCUCUUUCAUUAGGGGAUGGUCUCCAUAUUGUAUUUCUAAUCAACUCUAGUUAUUUGAGCAUUACGAAUCCCCUGCUGUGCUAAUGCAAUAUUCUGUGGAAUAUUGCCACUAGCCUAGCAAGGUGAUUCAUAAUAAACUUUCACAUUUCUAAAGUGGUGAGGUGUUUCUUUUUUCUUUCUUUUCUUUUCUUUUUUUUUUUUUUUUUUAAAGUUUAUUUAGCUCACAUUUUAAAGGUUGAAUGUAGGAGAAAGAUUAG